AUGUCUAUAAGGUUGAACGACGAUGCCAUGCGGCAAUUCCGGGUGGCCAAGGUGUUUCAGGAGACGGAGGAGCACAAGGUCUCCUUGGAUUUUUCCGUGGACGGACGACGUUUGAUGGCCUGCGACCAGGCCGCCCUCUCGAUCUUCAGCAGCACUCGACAGGCGGUCCUUUGCCAGGUGCACAUGCACCACUACCAUCCCGAGGUGGCCUGCUUCACCCAGCAGGACACUCGCGUGCUGCACUCCUCCUCAAAGUAUGACUACGCCAUCCGUUGUCUAGAUCUGGAAUCGCGCAGUUGCGUGCGUAUUUUCAGUGGGCAUUCCAAGAGCGUCCGCAGAUUGAUCUCACAGCCCGGAAACGAGAACAUCUUUGUUAGCGCCGGACGAGAUGAGCAGGUGUAUGUGUGGGACUUUCGGGCCUCUACGCACACAUAUCACUUGAAGAAGCUGCGGAGUCCGCAGUGCGCCUUCGAUCCUGCUGGCUUGGUCCUGGCCACCAGUUCGCACACGGACCGGAUCGAGCUCCAUGACAUGCGGAUGCUGGGCGAGCAGCCGUGCCAGAAGUUCGUCUACCAGGUGAACGACAAGGUCAGGUGGACGCAGCUGCAGUUUGCUCCGAAUGGGAAGAGCAUGCUGCUCAGCACGGAUCACUCCUGGUGCUUCAGUGUUUCGGCCUUCGACGGAUCCUUCCAGCAGUCCUACACGGGUUAUGCCAAUCAGCAGAGGCAGUCACUGGACGCCUCCUUUACCCCGGACUCGCAGUUCAUCCUUUCCGGGGCGGACGAGGGCAGGAUCCACAUUUGGCGGGCUGCCGACGGAUAUCCUGUGGCCGUUUUGAAGGGCAACAAUGUGGGUCCUGUGCGCUGUCUGCGGUUCAAUCCCCAGGCCACCAUGUUCGUGAGCAGCGAUCUGCUGAUCGUCUUCUGGAUGCCCAUGGCCAAUGGGGUGUACGAUUGGGUGGAGUGCUUGGAGCCGGGCGAAACGGUUUCAUUCAAGGACAAGCAGGAUGAGAAGGCUGUCAAGCCCCGUCAAGUUCAGAAGCCCAUUUCUAUGCCCAAACCAAAAAUGGAAGUGGAAAUGCUGAGGAAGAGAUUAGGUUCCAGCAAUUGGGCAGCCAAGAAAAGAGCUCGCUCCGAGGUUGCCAUAGUGGAUCUCACCAAAACCGAAGAUAGGAACCCCCUAGAGGAUGGUGAAAUAUCCGAUGACUAA